CCCUGCUUCGCGUGCCCAAUUUCCUUUCUAAUUUAAUACCCCCUUCUUCCCCUUCCCCGAGAAAAUAAUCAGUUUUUCAGGGUUUUUCUUCACCAUGACUUUCCCAUGGAAGAAACCCAAAUCAAACCUUUUCUCGCGGCUGGUCGCCGACCUCCACCGACCCCCCAAACGCGGCAGAACCCUCGUGGUGGAGACCGGCUUCCCCACCUCACUCGUCGACCUCAUCGUCAAGAACCGUGAUCGAUUGAGAAAAUCCCCUAAAAGAAACCCCACUUCUACCCAGAUCCAAAGAACUUUUACCCAGUCGUUCCCUGCCCCUCCCUGCGAUCAACAGGUACAAUCUCCUCGGGUAGAUGUUGGGAAAUUAGUGGUGGUUCAGAGUGAACGCGCGGGUAGUGGUAGGAUCGCGUUUAAAGUUAUUAUAGUGGCGGCUCUAGCUGUUAGUACGAAGCAGCUCACGCUUUGGAUCAUGAUGGCUGCAUUCUUUCUAUUGCUAAUAGAGUUUGUUGGGGUUACUGUUUUUGGUUUCUCGGCGCCGGAAUCUUGCACCGUUUUGUUGGGUUCUUGGAUCGGAAAGGGUUUGUUGGGUUUUAAGAAACGAACACCAUCAGCACAACAAGCACUUGUUCUCCCUGAUUCUAUUGAGUUGAUUGAGUUGGAAGAUGAUUGCGUCCAGGAAAUUCAGAUUAUUGAAUCAGAAUCCGAUUGCGCAGGUGAAACGGAAAUAGAAGUAGAGGAGAUGGAGACAAAGGAAAAGAUCGAACUUAGACGGAGUGGAAGAAUUAAAAGGCAUCUGAUUAAGAAAUUGGUGCCAAAGAAGUUGAGACACAGAAAGAAGAAAAACGAGGAUCAAUGGGGAGCUGAUAUACAUAAAACGGAGCUUGAAGAGGAAUCACAAGAAGAAGAGAUACAAAGGGUUGAUAAAGUUCUAUGGGAGGAAUCAGAAAUGGGACGAGUCAAAGAAGAAAAGGCGGAGAAAGGGCCAUCACGGCAGCGACUGAGUGGGAAUGUGAUAGUGAUUGUUCUUCUUGCAGGGCUGGUUUUAGGAGGGCGGGGGGCUGCACUUUUGAUCACACUUGUAUGGUGCUUGAUGGUAACAUAUAUUGGGAGAUUCAGAUGUUGAAAUGAGAUACCACAAUUAUAAAAUGACGGUUUCACACUGAUACCAUUACUGCAAUAUAACAUUGGCUAUUUAAAUCCCUGUAUGUGAUCUACCGGCUGCAUCUCAAACUAAGAUUUCUACGAUGCAUCGUAGCUUUCAGUGACAAGAUUUUGCGGAUGCUGGCCACAUUCAUGUUUGAUUUGUAUGUGGAUGAGACUGCUGGCUGCCUGAAGCCCGCGGGUAUAUAGAUAUAGAGAGGGAGCUGCAACGUUUUUUGGUUGUAAUUUGAAGUGUAUAUUUACAUGUACAAAUUCAGAAUCAAUCCACAGUAUUCGUUGAUUCAACUCUUACAUUG